AACAACAUUAAAUAACAUAGAUGACAAAAGUAAAGAAGAUGAGGAUCAUAAUAAAUAUAUAUUAACAGCAUUGAUAUGUUUAGUUAAAGACAUACCAUCAAUUGAUGACUUAUUGCUAUUGAUCAAGAAACAUAAUUUUGAUUCAAUAUUAAUUCCUAGAAUUGAACAAAUUCCAAAAUAUCCUGCUAUAACUAAAUCUCAAUUUUAUGAGUGGAGACAAUUAUGGCCAAUUGAUUACCAUGAGAAUGUUAAAAACAGAAAUAAUUUUACAGAUAAAGAUAUAAAAAUACUAAAAGGAUAUAUGCAAAGAGCUAUUGAACUAGCUGAAUUAGGUAAAUCAAAUCAAGAGAUUCCAAUUGGUUGUGUAAUAGUAGAUCCAAAAGGCUCAAGAAUAUUAGCAGAAUGUUAUGAUUCAAGAACAACCACAAGACAUCCACUUAAACAUGCAAUUAUUAAAUGUUUAGAUGUUGUUACAUCUGUAGAAAAUUGUAAUACAUUUACAACUCAGCAUGAUUAUGUAUCAAAACCAGAGAAAUUGUCAAAUGAUGUAGCAGCAUAUUUGUGUAAAGGAUAUGACUUAUUUGUUACCCAUGAACCUUGUAUAAUGUGUUCAAUGGCACUUUUACACUCACGUAUUGGACGAGUUUUUUAUGGAAAGUCAAGUAUAGUUGCUGGUGGUUUAGGAUCAUGUUUUAAAUUACAUACUCAUAAUUCAUUGAAUCAUCAUUUCAAAGUAUUUAAAGGAUUACUAGAAGAUCAAGUUGAAACAUUGACAAUUGAUUGUUGA